AUGGCAGGUACGAGUCGCUGUGGCCCCGGGCCGGGGCUCGGACUGUGGCUUGCCAUCUGGACUUUGGUCUUGACAACAAGCGUCCAUGCUUCCUUCCUCGGGACACUGCUAUUUGGCAAGGACACGCUCGAGCCCGUGCGCGAGGCGAUCAGGCAGACCGAGCACAUGCGCAGCCAGGUGUACGGCUGGUACCACCACAAUGCGACCGAGGCGGCCAACUUUAGCGUGACGCCCGACCCGGCGGAGCUGUACACGCUGCUGCCCGCGACCUACUCUGGCCGAAGCUUGGUGACGCCCGACGGCGCGUACUACCGCGACAUCGAGGGAUACUACAAGGGCUCGUGGAGCGGCUGGGACAUGAGCACCGUCGCGAAUCGGUCGCUCGCCAUCGACUCGCGCCUCAACCGCACUGCCGCCGAGAGGCUGGCCACGAAUGCGCCUCCGCAGUAUCUGGAUGACGUCGAGCGCGAAAAGCUCGUUCAGGACCGUGGCGCGUUCGACUGGCUGACGGUGGACCCGGGGCAUAUGGAUCUGCACCUACAGGAAGAGCAUCUGUUAAAGGGCAAUGUCUCACUCGUGACAGGCAGCCUGAGCUUCUCGGUCCCAAAAAGCGAAAAGUCGACCGACUUUUCGCUCGAGGGCCUGCACUACAUCCCGACGGGCAGCAUCUUCCUGCACGCCAUGGGCGACGAGGCUGUGAACGGCACCGACGUGCGCACGGUUCUGGGCAUGGUGCCCCGGGCGAACAACGCUACGGCCAACGCCACGGUGGCUGCGAUCGACAAGGCGUUCCAGCUGCGCAUCGACAUGCUGGAGCGCAUCAUUGCGAGUGGGUCGUACGAUGCUCCCGACGCGAGCUCGACGGGCGUGGUGGCGACGCACAACUGCUCGCUGCACGUGUAUGCGCAGCUGCGCUCGGCGGGGGCGUACGACGAGGUGCAGGUCUCGAUCAACGCGCUGGAGCGCGAGAUGGCGGUAUCGACGGGGAUUUCGACCAUCGCGCCGCCGGCGCUGCAGCUGUCCAUGCUGGCGUACUCGCCCGAGUGCCGGUUCGUGGCGAGCGCCAAGGAGGUGACGGGACUGCUGCAGAGCCGGGUGUGGAAGAAGGCGGUGCGGUAUGCGCUGAUGUACAUGGUGGUGGUGUUGGUGCAGACGUGGUUGUUGGUACAGCAGAUGGAGGCGACUACGACGCCGAGUGGACUGGGCAAGCUGAGCGACAAGACGUUCCUGGCGCAGUCGGUACUGGAUGCGUACAGCUGCCUGGUCCAUCUGAGCGUGGGCGUGGCGCUGGACAACGAGACGACGGUGCCGCUUAUUGCGUGCGCGUUCAUGAGCGGCAUGUGCUUCAUGGCGUUCGGGUACAGGUAUACCAUCACGAUCUACAGGACGCACAUGGACGCCGCCCCCACGCCGGCUCCCACACCCGCACCUGCCACACCCGCACCUGCACCUUCAACAGCAACAGCACCAGGCUCAGAGGGGCAGCCAAUACCAGUCGACGCCGCGGGUGCUACAGCCACUCAACCUCAACCAGCUGCAGUCGAGACGCCCGAAGAGCGGACGGCACGGCGUCGGGGCCGAGCGAUCUUUGGGGUAGGAUUCUUCCUGAUGAUGGUAGCGUUCUUCCCGCUGGUGACGGUUGCGAUUCUGCUUCCGAUCGUCUACUCGUUCUGGGUGCCGCAGAUCUGGCGCAACGUGGAGCGGGGUACGCGCAAGGCGAUUCUGACGCGGUGCGUGGUGGGGACGACUUUGGCGCGGCUUUUCGUGCCGCUGUACGUGCUGCUGUGUCCGGCGAAUGUGCUGAUGGCCGAGCCGAGCGCCUGGGGGUAUGUGCUGGGCGCGUACGUGGUGGUGCAGAUGCUGGUGCUGCUGGGACAGGACGUGCUGGGCCCGCACUUUUUCCUGCGCGCCGCGUGGGUGCCAGAGCAUGCAGCGGCGGGGUGGGAGUACCAUCCUGCCGUCGGUGGGGUGGAUGCCGAACAGGGAGGGGGUGCAGAGUACGGAGACUGCGCAAUCUGUCUCGCCGAGAUCGAGGAUAGGGCCAAGCCGACCAGAAGGCCAAGUGGGGUUGCGACGAGUUGGUGGCCCUUUGGCAGGCGCGAUGGUUCAUAUGGCUACGACCGUGUUGCCGAGGCGGAGGAGUUCGAGGUGGACGAAGAAGCGACGACGAGGCGGGACGAGGAGAAGCAGGAGAGUGGGUGGGCAUGGAUGGCGCGGUUCAAGCCCGAUGUGGGUGCAGCGGGCGCACUGCGACGGCGCAGGAUGGAUGUCAUGGUUGCGCCGUGCCAGCAUGCGUUCCACACCGAAUGCCUCGAGCGCUGGCUGACCAUCAAGAACGAAUGUCCGAGCUGCCGAAGCAUGCUUCCACCUGUGUAG